AGCAGCGGCUUAAAGGCUAGCAUGCUACCCUACCAAGACCGGCUGGCUGGCUGGCUGGCUGGUUGCUCUCUCUCUCUCUCUUUCCCUGUCUCUCUCUCUUUCUCCCUCUCUCUCUCUGUGUCCACCAUAUCCGCACCACCCUAAGGGCCUAGCAGCAGCAGCAGCAGUAGUACAGGAGGAGGGUAGCCUAGCCAACUCUGCUUCAGUCUCCCAGAAGUUCGGUUACACGUUGGAACCGCAUUGCUGUCUCGCCUUGCGCGCAAACUCGUCACGUUUUUCAAAUUAAAUCAUUUGAUCGUUUUCGUCGUUCCUGGCGUCGCUGCCAGAUCGCUCGGGAAGUCAGCCACUUUUUCGAGUCAAGUCGUGGUCGUUGUUCGACGAUGGUGGGUCGCUGGAGCGAGGCGGCCACCCUCAAAUUCGUCUACUUUUACAAGCUGCACGAGUGCCUCUGGAACCCCCGCAGCGAGUUCUACAACCAGAAGGACGCCCGAAACUUCGCCUACGUCGACCUCGUCCUCCAGAUGAAGAUGCCGGACUUUGACUUGAGGGCGGCCAAGGUCAAGAUCAAGAACCUGCGCGCCCACUACAUCAGCGAGCUGAAGAAGGUGCGCUACGCGGCGGCCGUGGGCGACAGGUACGAGCCGACGCUCUAUUGGUUCAAGGAAAUGGAUUCGUUCCUGAGGGAUACCAUCGGCGAUAUACCCAGCCUGCACCAGCCGGAGGUCAUCACAGCCGACUCGAUCUACGACAGCUCCUCCAUCUACGAGAGCGGCUUCGGCGACGACGAAGACUCCAUGGAGAAGCCCAUGCCCUUCCUGCACAUCAGCGAAACCCGGUCCUUGGCCCCGCCCAGGAAGAGCAACAAAAACGACACCAGCACUACUUCGUCAGGAGGAAGAGGUGGUGGUAGUGGCGCCCCUUCCAAUCGUCGCAUCAAUUCGUCGUACAGGCCAGGCCCCGCGAGCAGCAAGAGGCGGAGGAAGCAGAAAGAGGCCAUCCUGGGAGAGGAGUACGCCGACGAGUUCGAGGCCUUCGGCAGAAGCGUCUCGGCUCAGCUGCGGAAGUUGUCGCUCAGCAGGGCGCUCCGGGCGCAGUCAAAGAUCCAGGCGAUCCUCACUGAAGAGAGGAUCCAAGACUUGGAAGCGACGGCGGCAGCAGCAUCUCCUCCUCCUCCUUCCUUACCCAUGCCCCUGCCCUUACAACUGCCGCCGCCUCCAGCAGCAGUCCUGCCAACAUCACCUCAUGAUCUAAGCUUUGGCCUUGGUGUUGGAGGAACUCCCUCCACCACUAGUCUCACCAACACGACGGACAGCGGCGUCGAAAGCGGGAUCGACACCACCACCAGCAGUAGCAGCAGCAGCAGCAGCAGCAGCAGCAGCACUAGCAGUGCUGCCAGUAGCGUCGCUGGGGGGCUGCCCAGCCCCACGACGCCCACUAGCAUCGACAGUAGUUCCAUGCCCUUAGGAGGAAUAACAACAACAACAACAGAAUCAACAACGACGUCCUCGACUUUGACUUCGUCCUCCUCCUCCAGUAGCAUCAAGGCGCUGAAGGAGUUCAGGAAGUCGGGGCCAGAUCCGACCUCAGCACCGACACCGCCGCCUAACGGUGACGUCAUCAUCAAGGCUGAGUGCGAACUUAUCACUCUGGACGAGGACGACCCUUUCGAGGGACAUUGAGCCUUUGUUCGAGAGAGAGAGAGAGAGAGAGAGAGAGAGAGAGAGAGAGAUCCAGUUUAUAAUCUAGAUGAGGACGACCCUUUCGAGGGACAUUGAGCCUUUGUUUGAGAGAGAGAGAGAGAUCCAGUUUAUAAUCUAGAUGAGCACGACCCUUUCGAGGGGCACUGACAGAGAGAGAGAGAGUAAAAUUAAUCUUGUUUAAAUCAUUAAAUAUUCUCACAAACUAAUAUUAGUUACUUUCUCAUAAGAAUUGUUUAUUUUAAUUUAUAAAUAUUUUGUAAUAAAAAAAUGUAACACGAGUGUUAAAAAUCAUCUAUUGUUUCUGAUGUUUAGUGAGUCUCUCUCUCUCUCUCUCUCUCUCUCUCUCUCUCUCUCUCUCUCUCUCUCUUCAUAAUGAAACACUGAAAUAAUCCAGAUUUGGUUUUGUAAUGUAUUUAUAUUCUAUUUAUUUAUUUAGUAAACUGUGGAUACCUAUACUAUGCAUUGAAGUGAUAUUGUUAAUUCCUGUUUAUUUAUAUUUACAUUUACAUUAAUAAUUAUAAAUUAGAAGUAUAACAGUGAUUGGUAAAAUAUAGUUUGGAUAAUUGCGAUGGUUUAAAACUGUCUUGAAGCUGUAGAUAUUAUUAAUACUAGUAUUGUUAAUCAUACCUGUAAAACAGUGCAGCUUGAGUGACUUCACCAAAGAAAUUAAACACACAUACACAGACACACACAAACAUAUAUAUAUA